UUUCGCCACAGCAACGAGGAAAAUCGCCUCGUUGUGUUUUAUUGUGAAUGUGAAUGGCAGCGAGAGAACGAGACGGAGGAAGGAAAAACCAGCAGAAUAUACGAAGAAUAUACACAGAAUAUACACGAAAUUCUUUUUAUAACGAAACCACACCAAAACGCGCAUCGCAACGCACAUAGAGCCCAAGAAAAAAGGUGAACAAAUUAGCUAACAAAACUAGCAACCAUUACUAACCCCCAAGUUUUGCUGGAAUGCCACUAAUGUACUAACCCGAAGCGAGAGAAAAUAAUAAGAAAAAGUCAGGGAAAUAAUGUUCAAAAUGCAGAGGCAAGUGGACUAAUCGACACACUACUUCCUCCUCUAUACACGAAUCGAAAAACAACAACGACGACGACACUUUCUGGCAUCGUGAUUUGAUGAUGACAACGCAGCAGCAGAAGCAGCAACAGCAGCUUGUGGGAAAGUUAGCAGCAGCAGAGGCGGAAAACGAGGGAAACACAGCGGGAGGAGGUGCAAAAAUGACGGCGGCGACCUCUGGGGGCGGCAGCUCGGCAUCGGCCGGCGGAAAAGCUGGUGGUGGAAAGCACAGGUCGAGGUCAUCUGCCCGAUACGACGAUGUGGAGAAACAGCAGCGCAAGAGCCGAGCCAUCGUCUCCAUCCCGAACACCAUCAAGCUGAGCAUGCUCAACAGCGGCCUGCUCUCCUUCGAUCGCAUCAAGUUGGAGGCCCGGGACGAGAACAACUCCCUGUCCAAGACGAUACCCAUGGGGCCCAUCGACAUCAGGCACUUCCUCAAGCUCUGCGACCUGAGGAGAAAGUUCCCGGUGCUCUACAAACUGGAGUUUCAGACUGCCGCCAAGGUGGAGACGAACACCUGUCGGCAUGCCAUGAAGAAGAACAACCAGGAGAAGAACCAAAACCCCAAGUGCAUUCCCUACGACUACAAUCGCGUUGUCCUGGAGAAGAUCGGUGGGCUGCAGGACUCGGACUACGUGAAUGCCUCCUACGUUGACAGCUUACUCAAGCCGAAUGCCUACAUUGUGACCCAGGGACCAGUGGAGGAGACCGUUCAGGCCUACUGGCGUAUGGUGUGGCAGGAGAACAUCAGCGCCAUCGUAAUGCUGACGAAGACCUUCGACUUUGCCAAGGUGAUGUGCCACCAGUACUGGCCACCGAACAUGGAGGUCCACGAGCAGUACGGCGACAUCUACAUAAACAUCGUGAGGGAGGAGCAAUUGGCCAACUUCCAUAUAAGGACUUUCAGGCUGUACAAGAUGAACGAGAAACAGGAGGUCACCGACGAGCGCCUGAUCUUGCAGUUCCACUACACCGAGUGGUACUCCCACUCGUGUCCUUUCUCCAAUGCCCUUUUGGAGUUCCGUCGGAGGGUCCGCUUGGUGGUGGGUAACAUCAUCAAGGACGGCGACGACAUGCGCGGCCCAAUCCUGGUGCACUGCAGCGAUGGCGGUGGCAGGUCCGGCGUCUAUAUGUCUAUCGAUGCCAACCUGGAACUGGCCGAGGAAGAGGAGUGCUUUAAUGUCUUUGGCUACCUCAAAAAGCUGCGGCAGUCACGGAAGGGCCUUGUGGAAAACGUGGAACAGUACAAGUUCAUCUACGACACUUUGGAGGAGCACAUCAUCUGCGGCAAAACCUGGUUUCCCGUCUCUGAGCUAUCGGAUCGGCUGAAGGCCAAGGCCAGGCGCAACUCGGGCACCAAGAUGAACGAGUACCAGGCGGAGUACGAUCAGAUCUGCAAGCAGACCCCGCGGUUCACCAUCGGCGACUGUGCAGGCGGUCAUCGAGCGGAUAAUCGGGAGAAGAACCGGGACGUCCUGUGCGUGCCGCCGGAUAAUUUCAGACCCUACCUGACCUCCUUCCAGGGCAAUGCCUUCACGGACUAUAUAAACUCGGUGUUCGUAGACGGUUACACGAAGCCCCGGGAGUAUAUAGUGACGGAGUGGCCUAUGAAGCACACGCUGGGUGAAUUUUGGUCCCUGGUCUAUGACCAGGAGUGCUCCGCAGUGGUGGUCCUGUGCCAGCCACCGUCGCAGUCGCAACAAUAUCCCUCCUUCUGGCCGAACAAGUCAAAGAUGGAGAAGUACGGCCCUGUCUUCUCCGUGCACUAUGUGAUGUCCAAGAGCUACACGAACAUCAAGCAGUGGGAGUUCAAGAUCAACAAGAAGAUCGUCUCGCUGACAGAGAUGAUGGCCGGCGUAAAGGCGCCCACGAGAACCGUCCAACUGUUCCAGUUGACGUGCUGGCCCAUGGGCCACAAGGUGCCCAGCUCUACGAACUCGCUGGUCUACCUAAUGAACAUGGUGGAGAUUUGGCGGAACAAGGUCGACUACGGACCCGUGUGCGUUGUCUCGCCCGAUGGUCGCAGUCGGGCCGGUGUUUACUGUGCCGCGAAUGCGUGCAUCGAGCAGGUCAUCCAACACGGCGAGGUCGAUGUCUUCCAGGCGGUAAAGACGGUGCGCCGCCAUCGUCCGCAGCUGGUGGAGAACAUGACCGAGUACAAGUACUGCUACGACCUGGUCCUGCACUACGUCCUGCACUUCCUCAACAAAAAGGAGUGAGUGAGGCUGUCGGCCACUACUAUUUUUUUGGAUGCCCUGGAAAGGUGCUUUAAUGGUUAACAGAAGACGAUACAAAACGAUACUUGUGGUCCAUAUAUUUGAAGCCUGGGUUCUCUUUUUAAAAUCCUAGGAGCAACACACACACGCCGCCUUAAAGCAAUAAUACUGAGUAUUUUUGUUGUCCACAAAGAGGUAAAAGGAAGAGAGAGCAAGUGCGUCAAGGAAGGGAUACAUUUUUGUUAUGAGCGUAGAAAUAUAAUUUCACGCGCCAGUUUUUAAACUUGUUUUAUGACCACGAAACAUGAUACUACUACCUACGGGUAUAUAUAUGCUAUAUAUAUACCCCGUAUAAGCUUUUUGAUCUGAAAUGUAUGUGCCAUUUGUAACCCUA